AUGAACAUAUUAGGAGUGCUGAGAGCAGAAAGUCUGAAGUAUCAAAAUUGGGUUCUACUUCCUACUUCUACUUUACUCCUACUUAGUGAUGUUGUGGCCAUAGACGAACCUUACAUUUGUGGGCCUUUUUCAAAUAAUACAUCCGUUUGUCAUUAUAAUGGUUGUCUGAAGUUGAACGUGGCUCUUUAUCACUGUCCAAAAUGUUUCUUGGUUUAUUACUGCAAUAAAGACUGUAUGAAUAAAGAUUACAAAGAUGGACAUUAUCUGGAAUGUCCAAUUAUGCAUUUCAUCAAAUUAACACCAGGAAUAGUAAAAAUGAAUCAACUUGCAAUGAAGUGGUUUUUAAAAGCCUAUACAAAAAUGGGCUUAAAAAAAUAUUGUUCGAUCGUUGACAAUUUUUCUGAAUCUAAAAUUGAUUCUUUAACAAGGGGUUUUGAUGAGAGUGGUCAAUAUAAGUCUAAUAAUUUUUUAACGGCUUAUUCUUUGGAAAGUAAUGAAAACAAAAURUCAAUAGACCUCUUGUUUUUUUUUAACUGUAUUGCUGUUGAUAUGUUGCAUUAUUUGGUAUUAAGUGGCUUGAAAAUUCCAGAAUGUCAUAUAGGUACUGUGGGUGCUUCCUUGGUGCGAAUUCUAACUGUUUUAGAUUUAAAUAGCAGAAAGUUAAACGUCAAUGCCCCUUCUAUAUCUUUUCGAAUAGAACGCCAACUUUCUACUCCAUUUGCAUUAACUUUGUAUCCAACCAUUUCAUUGUUUAACCAUUCUUGUGAUGCAAAUAUAAUGCGAAGUGGAGAAAUAACUGAUAGAAUUAGAGUUAUGAAAGCAGUUCAACCAAUUCCUAAAGGCACUCAGUUGUACUGUACUUAUGGAAUUAUGUUUAAAAUACAUGAUAAAGAAUCAAGACAAAGAGUUUGCAAAAAUCGUUUUAACUUUAAGUGCUACUGCGAACCUUGCAUAAAGAAUUGGCCAACAUUUCACUUUAUACAAUAUAAACUCUCUACAUUAAUUAUACUGAACUCUAGUAUGGAAGGUACUGUGGCAUCCGAGUGCAUCAAGUUUGUGAAAUUUUCAGAGUCAAUAGAACCAAAAGAUCAUUUUCAGCAUUUAAAUUAUUUAUACUCAUUCAUUAAACUUUUGUAUGCUAAUGUAAAACGACCAUUUAGAUUAUAUGAGGAUUGUCUUAAAAUGAUAAUUAAUGCACAUAGCAUAAGUACMAACGCAAUAAGCCUUUGUGAACAUCCAUGA